GGCGGAGCCCCGGCCGUGCGUGGCGUGUCAGCCUGUGGCGAGUGCGGUGCGGGACAGGACAGGGCAGGACAGGACAUGGUGGGCUCCAGCGAGACCGGGAACGAGUCGUGGCGGGGCCGCUACUACCGCCUGGAGGAGGUGCAGAAGCACAACAACAGCCAGAGCACCUGGAUCAUCAUCCACAACCGCAUCUACGAUGUCACCAAGUUCCUGGACGAGCACCCAGGAGGUGAAGAGGUCCUUAGGGAGCAAGCUGGAGGAGAUGCUACUGAGAACUUUGAAGAUGUUGGUCAUUCCACAGAUGCAAGGACACUGUCAGAAUCCUUCAUUGUUGGGGAACUUCAUCCCGAUGAUAGAUCCAAGAUUCAGAAACCAACAGAAACUCUUAUUACCACUGUUCAGUCUACUUCCAGUUCAUGGUCCAACUGGGUGAUCCCGGCAGUAGCAGCGAUUAUUGUGGCCCUGAUGUAUCGUUCCUACAUGUCAGAGUAAGCGCCUUACUGACAAUUAAAGCAAGAAGAGAAUACAUUCUCUGGGAGAAAAUAUAAGCAAUCCUAACCAAUAUUUUCCUGGACAAAAGCCUGAUGUCUGAAGAAAAAUUCAAGUUUUUCAGAAAAUGACACAAUUCUCUUUCUGCUGUGCACUUUUCUUAAUGUUGCCUUCUUACAUGCUGCUGUGAAGUGAUAAAAAGGCAUCAUUUCUCUUUUUGUAUAACACUUUUUUUCUCUAAUGAGUUAUAUGAUAACUGUAUUGAUUUCUGUGGUAGAAUAUUAUUUUGUAUGUAACACUGAUUCUGGUUAUUUCUCUUUAAUCUGUAAUAGGGUCAUUAAGACUCUCUUUAGGUAUAUAUUUUACAGCUUUAAAAGACUACCAAAACUGUGUACAUGUACACAACUUAACUUAAAAAAAUCAUGUUGUCUUUUUAAAUGUAGUAUGAAUGAAAUGCAAGUUAAAUGUAAUGAGUAAAACUGAGUGUAGUUAUAGGUGCCUGGAAGUGGGUUGGGCCCUACCAAGCAGUUAUAAUGAACUGGGGGUUUUUUCUUUUUUUUUUCUUUUUUGACAACUGCUCUUAUAGUUGUUGUAGGUUCUCCUACUAGCAAACUGUUCUGUUUGUCUCCCAUUGAAAAAUUCAGGUGAAAUAUGAAACUCAAUGUUUGGCCCAAUUAUGUCUGUCUCAUUUUUGUGAAAAAUAGCUCUCUUUUUCAAGAAAGGCAGAAAAAAGUAACUGCUAAAUAGUACUGUUCCUGCCAAACACUCAGGUGACUGUAGAAUUUGUUCUGGAAGUUUUAGCCUUUGAUAAAAAUCUUCAACUUUGUCAAGUACAUUGUGGGGGGGAAAACUGAUAAAUUAAAUCUGUUUCUGACUCUUCUGUGAUGUGCUUUGGUGCUUUACUAUGAAGAGGCAACUGUUUUCACUGAAUACGAGAUAACGACAAGUUUGAAUUUUGUGGUGGACAUUUUUAGUCUUAUGUAAAUGAUCAUGAAUAAAAGUUUAAUUGCUUAUA